AACAGCGGCAAUUUAACAGUGUGCGGUACGAAAAAAGAUGGGAUAUGAUGUCAAAAUAGUCUUUGGUCGAAUAUGAAUUAAAAGAAGUUAAUUCAGAAUAUCAUUAGUGACUCCUUUUGAAUUUGUCCUCCACCCAAAAUGAAUGUGUUGCAUUUAAUCAAACAAGCAAAUACACUUUCACCAAGAAUCCAAGCCCUAUUAAAAGAAAGUAACCAGAUCAAGUCUGUUGAGGAUAAAAACACCAGAACUCUAUUUCCACGUGAUGUGUUAAAGGCAAGAUUGACGGACCUAGAGUUCCGAGUAACACAAGAGAAACAUACAGAGAAACCUUUCACAGGAAAAUAUUUGAAUGAAAGAUCGCGCGGAAUAUAUAAAUGUGUUGUAUGUGGCUCGAAACUGUUUAGCAGUGAGGCAAAAUUCUUCUGUAGCUGUGGGUGGCCUGCAUUUAACAGUCCUGUUGGACUAAACUGUCUUAUUUCAUCCAUUGAUUUAUCUUCAGGUGAUGUUCGUGUAGAAGUUUCCUGUAAACAAUGCAAUGCACAUUUGGGACAUGUAUUUGACGAUGGACCAAAGCCUACAGGUCUUAGAUAUUGUAUUAAUUCUUGCGCUUUAACCUUUGAACCCUCAGAUGAUAAUAAUAAUAAUUCAUCCAAUUUAAACUCAUCUAUUACAUGAUAUUCUUUUAAUAAAGAUAAUCAUGAUAUCAUAAUAUACUGUUAUACAUAAUAAUAGGAGGUUCUCCUAUAUAUUGCAUUUCUACUUGGUACAUAUGCUUCUUCCCAAAGUUUUCUAAUGACUUUCUAACUUUUUUUGUUCAUUUAUUUUUUGUUUUUCUUUUCUUUUCUGAUUUGGAUUAUUUUCUUUUUUUUUACUGGAGUCUAAUAAAAUAAAUUCCUAGUUGGGUUUGUUUUUUGAAAUUACUGUUAGCUUUUUUUGAUGCAGAUUGAGGUGUUCUACGUAAUUGUUAGUGAUUGGGUUAAACAGAUUGACUAAAGAACUG